CAUAUGCCGAGUUGGACGCCCUCCCACUGCCCUGGGAGUCGAGGGAGAGGCGGAUGUGGGAACCCAGAAAUGCCUUUUGAGAUCUGGGUUUGUCGACCGGUCUGCCCUCGAGGAUGUGGUGGUGGUGGGUGUAUCGGGCCUAGAGGGAAGGACUUUCCUUGGGCUAUGUAGGAAACCAGCCUUGCUUUUUGGGAUCUUUUGGAGUCACAUUCCUUCCGCUAAGGAGCUAAGAGGUUCUUAGUUUCUGUCCUAAAGAUGGCGAGACGGGGAUAAAGCGGAGGCACCCCAUCUGCCCUCUGAGGGACCGUGGAGCACACAAUCCUCCAGUAGGGGAAUGUGCGCUGUCAGGACUGCGAAGCCGACUUGCCUUUAGGAGUCCGAGGCACCCGGUGGCCCUGCCUUGGAAAGGGGGAGGUCCGAUCCAGCCCCCAGGGUUAGGAUCCAGAGGGUGCCCUGUCCUUUGGUGUCCGGGUAAAAGUAGGACUAUUUUCCUGGGGCGGAGAAAAACAUAUGGUCCUGCCAAUUGGAAGUAGGGAGCACCUGGUCUUGCGUUUUAGGGCUGGAAACACAGUCCAGACCUGGGGAGCCCUGAUUCAUUCAAUAGUAUUUAGUAAUCACCUACUAAAAGUCAGCCACGUUGCAGGCUCUCGGAUACAGGGUUCCCUCUGCCUUGGCAGAGAACCUUCCUAACAAGCAAGUGAACACUAAUGAGAUCAUCUUAAACUGGUGUAAAAUUGGUGAAGUGUGGAGUGUUCUCUACAGAGCGUUUGUUACACUUCAGGACCUUUGUAAAAUCCGUUUGUCGCGCGGGCCGGGACCCCCAAGUUGCUUUGUUUUGGAAAGAUUUCCUGUGUCAGCCCAACCCGGUCAGAGCAGUACUCGGCGUCUUGGAAGUAAUUAGGGUCAUUCGGUUUGGGUCCUGGGACCCAGGACAGAAGAGAAACAGGACUUAGCGCUCCAACCCAGUUCUCGCCGCAAAGUGAGGAGCCGUGUACGGUAGGGCCUUGCAGGAUAGGCUCCCUUCUGAAGGCUGAAUUCAUUUCAAGAAAUCUAAACUAUGGGGUUCCGCCUCUGGUUUGGCUACAAAAGGUUGCGAAAGCAGCAAAGGCUACUAGUCUGCAUUUCUGGGCGGGGCUUCAGAAAGAUCCAUAUCCUUAUUGGACCGGGCUUUGGGUGGAAAGCGCUUCUAGGCGGUGUCUUGGGCCGGACUUUAGCGCGCGACUGGGACGUCCUCUGGCAAACUCUGCUUUUGGUUGGUUGUGUCGAGGAGUGGGUAGGAUCUUUAGGGGUCCCUUGGUGUCUUUCCGGUUUGGCUGUGGGCACUGUUUAUGUCUCUGGGUAGCUUUGCGCCUGCGCUUGGCCAAGAUUUUAAUUUCCCGAGGGCCUGUGCCCGAACCCAGUGUAAUCCAUGGGGCCAGGCACCGCGAUGUGGAGGCUGCAGGUAGUCCUGGGCCACUUGACCCGCCAACCCGAGUCGGACCCGGCACUGCAGGUCGCGCCCUGCUCCAGUGGCUUCCCGCAGGCCUCGGCCGCGGACGUGGUGGUGGUGCACGGGCGGCGCACCGCCAUCGGCAAGGCCGGCCGCGGUGGCUUCAAGGACACGACCCCCGACGAGCUUCUGUCGGCGGUGUUGACCGCGGUUCUCCAGGAUGUGAAGCUGAGGCCGGAGCAGCUGGGGGACAUCUCCGUGGGCAAUGUGCUUCAGCCUGGAGCAGGGGCCAUCAUGGCUAGGAUCGCCCAGUUUCUGAGUGGCAUCCCAGAGACUGUGCCUUUGUCCACUGUCAAUAGACAGUGUUCCUCGGGACUGCAGGCAGUGGCCAACAUAGCCGGUGGCAUCAGAAAUGGGUCUUAUGACAUUGGCAUGGCCUGUGGGGUAGAGUCUAUGUCACUGUCUGAGAGAGGGAAUCCUGGAAAUAUUACUUCUCGCCUGCUAGAGAAUAAGAAGGCCAGACACUGCCUGAUGCCCAUGGGGAUAACCUCAGAGAACGUGGCUGAGCGGUUUGGCAUUUCACGAGAGAAGCAGGACACUUUUGCAUUGGCCUCCCAGCAAAAGGCAGCAAGAGCCCAGAGCAGGGGCUGUUUCCAUGCUGAGAUUGUGCCUGUGACCACCACCAUCCUCGAUGACAAGGGCACCAAGAGGAGCAUCACCGUGUCCCAGGAUGAGGGUAUCCGCCCUAGCACCACCAUGGAGGGCCUGGCCAAGCUGAAGCCUGCCUUCAAGGAUGGCGGCUCUACCACAGCUGGGAAUUCUAGCCAGGUGAGUGAUGGGGCAGCAGCUAUCUUGCUGGCCAGGAGGUCCAAGGCCGAAGAGUUGGGCCUCCCUAUCCUUGGCGUCCUGAGGUCCUAUGCCGUGGUUGGGGUCCCACCUGAUGUGAUGGGCAUCGGACCUGCCUAUGCCAUCCCUGUAGCUUUGCAAAAAGCAGGGUUGACAGUGAAUGAUGUGGACAUCUUUGAGAUCAACGAGGCCUUUGCAAGCCAGGCAGUCUACUGUGUGGAGAAGCUAGGAAUCCCCCUGGAGAAGGUGAACCCCCGGGGUGCAGUGGCUCUGGGCCACCCCCUGGGCUGCACUGGGGCGCGACAGGUCAUCACACUGCUCAACGAGCUGAAGCGCCGCGGGAAGAGUUCUAUUCCCCAGGCAUAUGGAGUGGUAUCCAUGUGCAUCGGAACUGGAAUGGGAGCCGCUGCUGUCUUCGAAUACCCUGGGAACUGAGGCCCUGCUGGAGGCGCUGCCCAGACAGCCCUGCUCUGGUAGCAGACAGGGACAUUACAGAAUCAUCCACAUGGGACAUCCAGCACCUAUGGUGGUACAGGUGGACAAA